CUGGGCUGUUGGCUUGCAUAUUUCCAUGUCACGUUCCGACGGUCAAUUACAAAGGUGGAUUUGUCCAAGUGUUUUCUGGGCUUCCAAAAUCAUACAACACUAUCAUGGCUUGCUUGAACUCUCCAAGAGGCAAGCACCUGACUACCUGUCUCUAGUAAUACCUCCGCACUAAGCAAUAUUGAUAGAAAAUCAAAGGCAUUUUCAUUGCGUCACACUGGA